AUGGCCCAGAUGCCGAAUGCGGUUCCUCAACUCAAGGAAUGGGUUGAGGACCUUUUGUCACAGAGACCAUACUCCGAGUGUGCUUGGAUGGAAUUAUCGAAGGGUCGGUGGGAGGCCCGUCUCCCCAAGGAUGUUGCUAUGAGGCCUCCAUCCGAGGGUGAGGAUAUGCCUCUCGAGUCCCCUACUCCGAAGCAAGGUGACGAGAAGAAGAGAAAAAGGGUCCCGAGCUCUCUGGACUCGGAGAAGAAAAAACCAAAUAAGAGGCUGGCGCGUAAAGCUAAGGAAAAAGAAGAUAACUCCGAGCUAGUGGCUCAGGUGCGGACCACUUUGCCUCGAACUGAGGAGGUUGUUGAGAAGGCAUUGACCGGUACCUGCGAACCGGAACGAGGUGCGACUGCUUUGCCCCAGGCCAGGGAGGUCGAGAGAGAGACCGGGGCUGACACUUCUAGGGCAGAGGGAGGUGCCCCGAGGGAUGAGCUUAGGGAGAUCGACCUUACCGGGUCCCCUCAGAUCUCAGACGCCAUGAUAGCGAGGCCGGUUCGACAAAGGCUUGAACAAAUCAGGCAGCUCCAAGCGCAGGUAGAUGCGAUACAAACUGAGGCCGAGGAGUUCAAGAAAAACAUGGACCUCACAACCUCACAAAAGGAAGCUGUCCAAGCACAACUGGCGUCGGCCGAGGCUCAGCUUCGGGCUGCAAAGGAGAAGACCUCGGUGCAGGCCAAGAGGAUUGAGGAGCUUCGAUCUGGGCUUAACUCGGCUAUUUCUAGCCAAGAGAGCCUGGCCACGGAGCUCGAGGCAGCCAAAUCUGAUGUGGUCGUGGCCAAUACAAAGGCCGAUGCUAAAGUGGCCCAAUUCAAGGUUGACGUCGAGGCUAUUCAGGCAUAUGCCAAUAGCAUGGUGGAUCAUGCAAGGUGGGAAGCUCGAAGGGAAUCCAUCGAGGGAGUCUAUGCUCAGGGCUUUGACAUACUGGCGAAAAUCGAGAAUGCCAAGGUAGAAGAAGCCGGGGCUCGGAAGCUGCCUUUUCCCGAGAAAGGUUCCGAGAGCUUAACUGAAUCUGAAGGUCGGGAAGACCCCGAUGAUGAAGACGCUGCCCCCGAUGAGGACCGGGCCACUUAG